AUGAAGCUGUCCUCACUUGCCAAGCUCUACUUCGUCGCCGCGCCCGUCCAGGCCGGGCUCGUCUCCUUCGCCGUGCCAAAGACCAUUCGGCACGGCGAUGACAUCACAGUCACCGUCACCAUGAACAGCGAGCCUGGAUACACCUGGGACUACGUUCUGGAGCUCUCGGGGACCGACAACUCGCUGCCGUUUGGUUAUCUCGGCGGGCGACCCUUUGCGGCGAUUGACUUGACAAGCAAGUUUAUAGAGCGCCGACCCACCGGAAGAAAACUAACCAACAUUGUCCGAACAGAGGCUCCCCUUGGAGAGAGCAACUAUACGAUUAGCACGGAGUCUUUGUCGAUCGGAAAUGGCGAGAAUGCCGUCGUCAGGGGAGCGGUGCAUGGUACGAGGGGGGUGAUGGGGAUGGUCGUGACAAACUUCAAAGAGGCCAGUGCGAAGGGGGGCAGCGAGACGAGCAGGGAAUACGCCGUUUCCAAGAAUAUUUACAAGCCUUCUUCCUAG